GGCAAAGCGCAGCACAACCAGCUAAAAGGAAAAUCCGAGGAGAGAAUCACGAGGACAGUGGCCAUGGACCUGAUCCCAGGCUUUUCCACAGAGACCUGGGUUCUCCUGGCUACCAGCCUGGUGCUCCUCUAUCUAUAUGGGACGUAUUCACAUGGCCUUUUUAAGAAGCUGGGGAUUCCUGGGCCAAGACCUCUGCCUUAUUUUGGAAAUAUCCUGGGCUACCGUAAGGGUGUUGACCAUUUUGACAAAAAGUGUUUUCAACAGUAUGGGAAAAUGUGGGGGGUUUAUGAUGGUCGGCAGCCUCUGCUGGCUGUCACAGAUCCAAACAUGAUCAAAUCAGUCCUAGUGAAGGAAUGUUAUUCUGUCUUCACAAACCGGAGGUCUUUUGGUCCAUUGGGCGCUAUGAGAAACGCUCUCUCUCUGGCUGAGGAUGAAGAGUGGAAAAGAAUCCGAACAUUGCUGUCUCCGACCUUCACCAGUGGAAAGCUCAAGGAGAUGUUCCCCAUCAUUAGCCAUUAUGGAGACUUGUUGGUGAGCAACCUGAGGAAGGAAGCAGAGAAAGGCAAACCUGUGACCAUGAAAGACAUCUUUGGGGCCUACAGCAUGGACGUGAUCACUAGCACAGCAUUUGGAGUGAACAUCGAUUCCCUCAACAACCCACAAGACCCCUUUGUGGAAAACAGCAAGAAGCUCUUAAAAUUUAGUUUCUUUGAUCCAUUCCUUCUCUCAUUAAUAUUCUUUCCAUUCCUCACCCCGAUCUUCGAAGUAUUAAACAUCACUCUGUUUCCCAAAAGUUCUGUGAAUUUUUUCACGAAAUCUGUGAAAAGGAUGAAAGAAAGUCGCCUCACAGAUCAACAAAAGCGCCGAGUGGACCUUCUUCAGCUGAUGAUUAACUCCCAGAAUUCCAAAGAAAUGGACCCCCAUAAAAGUCUGUCCAAUGAAGAACUUGUGGCCCAAGGUAUUAUUUUUAUUUUUGCUGGCUACGAGACCACUAGCAGUGCUCUCUCCCUCCUUGCGUAUGAAUUGGCCACUCACCCUGAUGUCCAGCAGAAGCUGCAGGAGGAGAUUGAGGCAACUUUCCCCAAUAAGGCACCUCCCACCUACGAUGCCCUGGCACAGAUGGAGUAUCUUGACAUGGUAGUGAAUGAAACUCUUAGAUUAUACCCAAUUGCUGCUAGACUUGAGAGGGCCUGUAAGAAGGAUGUGGAAAUCCAUGGCGUGUUCGUUCCCAAAGGGACCGUGGUGGUGGUGCCAGUCUUCGUGCUUCACAGAGACCCGGACCUCUGGCCAGAGCCUGAGGAGUUCCGUCCUGAAAGGUUCAGUAAGAAGGACAGCAUAAAUCCUUACACUUACCUGCCCUUUGGGACUGGACCCCGCAACUGCAUUGGCAUGAGGUUUGCCCUCAUGAACAUGAAACUCGCUCUCGUCAAAGUCCUGCAGAACUUCUCCUUCAAACCUUGUAAAGAAACACAGAUCCCCCUGAAAUUAACCACGCAAGGGCUUACACAACCGGAAAAACCUGUCGUUCUAAAGAUUUUGCCCAGAGAUGGGACCGUAAGUGGAGCCUGACUUUCUCUAAGGACUUGGGCUUUGAUGGUCAAGGAAGCUGCAUCCCAGAGCACCAGAGAUUUAUUUACUUCGUGAUGAAAUCAAUAAUGAAGAUGGGUUUGAUCUACUGUACUUGAUGGAUGACUAGGGAUUCUGCACAUUCAUUUAGCUUCUCAGGGCUUUGUGGAGUGUUACAUACGGGCACUAGUGGAAGCUGGAUAAGCAGACACAGCUUAUCUGGUUCUCACAGGAUGGUCUCCAUCCACCCCCACCUAGUAUCACCUCCUCUUCCUGGGUGCUGAUCAGAAGGAAAAUUUCUCAGCACUUGUAUCAACAGACUUUAAUGGAAAUCAGAAAUAUAGUGGAGACUGAAGUGGUGAAAUUUAGACGACUGAUUUUGUUUUGAAUCGUCUCAAUAUUAUGUUGAUCCAGUCAUUAAACAUCUCUUUAAAAAAGU